CCAAGACAGAAUCUGGAGGCCUUCUGUCAUCUCAGUGCAGUGCGGUUCGGGCCAAGCUUGCAAGUGCCGGUGUCGUCGCGGCUGCUUCAUUUUCACUGUGCGUGUGUGUGUGUCUGUUUGGGGAAGGCGCGGUCACGCGGCGUUGGACGUGUGUGCUUACCGUGGAACUUCCCGUCGGCCUGCGCGGGAACGGGAGAUUCCAUUCCAUAUCGAACCGGCCGGUGCGGGACGCGUUUCCUACCGCCAAAGUCACUGUUGGGUGGGACGCGCGAAGAACCUCCUCCGCAUACGUUUCGCGCCAGUUUGAAUUAAGCUCGCCUAAACGCGCCACUGCUCACGGCGUGAAUGGGGGCGACGUCGGAGGGUCCCUAGGCGGCGGGAGGCGCUGAGGCAACAACAUCCACUGCCAUGGAGCGCGCGCUGCUCCGCGUCGCGCUGCUGGUCAUGCUGUUCGUGCUGCUGUCCGCCGACUACUCCUCGCUGGUGUCCACCGUGUUCACGGCCCUGGGCGGCUCCGUGGUGUCGCCGACGCACGCCGCGCCGGACGGGCCCCACCUCGGCGGCCACCACCGCAAGGUGCCCACGGCACCGGGCGACCUCGGCUCGCUGCGCCGCUCCGACAUGGUGACCCCGGCCCUGCACGACGGCCACGAGGACGACGAGGACGACGACGACGUGGAGGAUGUCUUCGACUUCGGCGGCUCCACGGCCAAGCUGUUCACCGCCGCGGGCCGGUCCAAACUGCUGGCCACGAUGAGGACAUCCUGCCUACCCAAGCUCAUCUGUGAGCUCCACGCCGCGCCGCACCGCCAGAACCUGGGGGAGUCGGAGCGGUCCCUGCUGGCGUUGAUCAGAGAGACCAGCAUCAGCACCACGGCCGAGGUGACCUCCAAGUACCACUUCGCGGCGCACAUGGGCCAGCUCAUCGCCGGCGUGGACGGCACGGGCUGCCACAACUUCUACCCGUCCUGCCCCUUCCCGGGCAUGCAGGUCCUCUCCAUGAUGAAGAAGAUUCGCAUCCGAUGAACAAGGCUGUGCCGCUCCCAACGAGAUUUUCGAUGACGAGGAGAGUUAGACUUGAGGGCGUGGACGCGUUUAGAUUAAGUGAGUGAAGGCUAGUCCAGCAAGAUAACACCGCAGACGGUGUGCCCCAGCCAUGCCAUUGGUUUCACCGAGACUUCGCCCAGCCCAUUUACGUGGUUAUCUAGUCCGACAGCGGAUACACUGAUAAGAUAAAUUUUGCACCAGGCAUAAAUCUGGUAAAAAAUGUUGUUUCGUGGAAAAAGCACGCUCUUCCUUUGUCUGUCUUUCUGUUUUAUUGUAACUGAGGGUGUAUCAGCUGUCAAUACGCAAUAAUUACUGUUGUAAGUAAACUAAGUGUUAAAUUUAAGGACACCACUGGCCCGCCCAGAGUUACCACUACUGUGAUGCUUCUCCAACAUCUCGAACUGCGAGAUUGGCGUUCACUUCUAGCUUUUAAAAACUCCUUGUGUAAGUGUACUUUGAUGAAAGGUAGCCUAGUUCUUUCCUACAAUUUGAUACAAAAAUAAAAGCAAUUAAAAAAGCUGAA